GUUCGAUUAGCACCCGGUGAGAGACGGCCCUGGCGUGUGACGAGUCCUUAUUUGGAUUGGGGGGCCGUCGGCCGCCGCCUCGUCGCGACGCACAGCGUCUCUCCCUCUCGGCGUCACGGUUAGGGCGGCUAAGGACUAGGUGGUGGCGGCGGGCCGAGACGAGUGUUAAUGCACGAUAGAUUUCCAUCUAAGGGGCGGAUCGCUAUUUUCGGCUGCGAACCGAUAUGGAUAAAGGGACCCCACAGAGCCGACACUGUGCCACUCGCCGCUCUCGGUCUCUUGCACGACGUACGCCCUAAGCGACUGUUGCCGAUCUUUCGAGUAAUUAGCGAACGAAACUAACAUUAAUAACCAACCAAGAUGUGUGAUGACGAUGUUGCGGCACUAGUCGUGGACAAUGGGUCCGGUAUGUGCAAGGCGGGAUUCGCUGGAGAUGACGCACCGCGUGCUGUCUUCCCCAGCAUUGUUGGCCGCCCACGUCAUCAGGGCGUGAUGGUCGGUAUGGGUCAAAAAGACAGCUACGUAGGAGACGAGGCUCAAAGUAAAAGAGGUAUACUCACCUUAAAAUAUCCUAUAGAGCAUGGUAUCAUUACUAAUUGGGACGAUAUGGAGAAAAUAUGGCAUCAUACCUUUUACAACGAAUUACGAGUUGCUCCUGAGGAACAUCCAGUUCUGCUUACCGAAGCCCCCUUGAAUCCAAAGGCUAACCGCGAAAAGAUGACCCAGAUCAUGUUCGAAACCUUCAACAGCCCUGCCAUGUACGUCGCCAUCCAGGCCGUGCUCUCCCUGUACGCCUCCGGUCGUACCACCGGUAUCGUCCUCGACUCCGGAGACGGCGUCUCCCACACCGUGCCCAUCUACGAAGGUUACGCCCUUCCUCACGCCAUCCUCCGUCUCGACCUGGCCGGUCGCGAUUUGACCGACUACCUCAUGAAGAUCCUUACCGAGAGGGGCUACAGCUUCACCACCACUGCCGAGCGAGAAAUCGUCCGCGACAUCAAAGAGAAACUCUGCUACGUCGCCCUGGACUUCGAACAGGAAAUGGCCACCGCGGCCGCCAGCACCUCCCUCGAGAAGAGCUACGAGCUGCCCGACGGACAGGUGAUCACCAUCGGUAACGAGAGGUUCCGCUGCCCGGAGGCCUUGUUCCAACCGUCCUUCCUGGGUAUGGAGUCCUGCGGUAUCCACGAGACCGUGUACAACUCCAUCAUGAAGUGCGACGUCGACAUCCGUAAGGAUUUGUACGCCAACACUGUACUGUCCGGCGGCACCACCAUGUAUCCUGGUAUCGCCGACCGUAUGCAAAAGGAGAUCACCGCUCUGGCCCCGUCGACCAUCAAGAUCAAGAUCAUCGCUCCCCCUGAGAGGAAGUACUCCGUGUGGAUCGGUGGAUCCAUCCUUGCUUCCCUGUCCACCUUCCAACAGAUGUGGAUCUCAAAACAGGAGUACGACGAGUCCGGCCCCGGCAUUGUACACCGCAAGUGCUUCUAAGGUGUUGCAUUCGAUACAAGGGUUCAUGAUUUUCACCUGCUUUCUUUUCUUUUUUUCUAUUCAUGGUCACGUUCCCAUGGGUCGUGACCCCCUUAAAUAUGAAUAAAUAUGAAUUG